AUGAUGAAGGAGACCGAGGCCGCGCUCGCGGCCAACGGCGGCGCCACGCUGUCCGGUGCGUUCCCCCGUCUGCGUCGUCGCUCGUUCCUCUUUCUGUUGAUGCGCAGAAAGCCCGAGUUUCCUCCGUUUAGCUCACGUCCGGCCCUCAAAUUGUCGUGUAAUUGUGUUCCAUCAGGCCCAGACGCGCAACGCCUCGAGACGGACAAGCGCGAGCUCAUCGAGAAGCUCAAGAAGGCGGUGGCGGCUGGCAAAGCCAUGAAGAAGCAGCUGGAGCAGCAUCAGGAGGACAAAACGACGCUAAAGCGGCAGCUCGAGGACAAGGAAGGUGAGCUCAUGCUCGCCAUGUCCAAGGUAGAGGCGUUCCAGGUAGAGCUCCAGGCCCAGCAGCAGGACAAGGACGAGCUGCAGAAGACCGCAGCACAGGAAGAAGCGAGAGUGAUGGUCUUUCAAGAGGAGAAGAAUCGACUAACUGACCAGGUGGCGGCCAUGCUGGAGGACAAGCAACAGCGCGAGCGGGAGACCCAACAGCUCGUGGAUGAGAACCACACACUACAGAGUAAAGUAGACGAUCUCAUGCAGCAGGUUCAAGGUGCUAGAGAGCAACGAGAAGACGUCGAACAGAUGUACUUGGAGGUGGCGUCCAAGUUAAACCAGGCGUUGAGGGACAAUGACGAGCUGAAGAAAACUAAUUCGUCGGGAGACCGUAUAACUGAGCUGGAGACACAGCUUAAGGCACUGGAGAGCAAUGCCGAGCAGUUCGAACAGGAUAAGCUACAGCUUACACAGCAGAUCGAGGCGCUUACUGCGUCCAAUGACAGGGUAACAGCAGAGCUGGCUGAGGUCGCAGAUAUCCGCGAUAAGCUGCUGGUACACGUUGGUAUCGACCUGACGUUCGAGAGCAUCGAGUCGCUGCUUGAUACGAAGAACAAGGAGAUUCAGAUGCUCACGGAACAGCUCUCGGCCGCUGAGGCUCCUCAAGAACAGGCUAUUCGUGAGGCGGUAAGUGCUGCUGUUGCUGAGGCAGAAAGCCUGCAGUCGAAGUUGGAGACACUACAGACAGAGUAUGAUGCUUUGAGUAGCGAAAAGACUGAGCAGGAGAAGACGGUGGAGGAGCUUCGUGCGGAGUUGGAACGUGUCGCUGAGGAGCACUCAGCGUCGCUAGGAGAACAGCGACGAGCGUGUGAGGAACAGCGAGUGGAGAUUGACCAGUUAACAGCACAAUUGGAAGAUGCUAAGAUGCAGAAGCAGCAAUUUAGCAACGGUUUCUUUAUGAUUAAGGCCAAGAUCGAAGGACUGGUUGUUACGCUACAGAUAGACAAGCCCAUGUCCACAGAAUCUGAUGCGGAGAGCCCACGGUUAGAGGAACUGGAGGCGCAUCUGGAUCACAUUGAGAAGCAGCUUGUUGGUGCUGCGAAACCAGAUAUGAAUCAUCUUGAAAGCGAGUCAAAAACUCUUCAGGAACGGAUACACAAGUACGAGGAGGAGAACCAACUUCUGACUGCCAAACUUGAAGAAUGUGAAGCUGCGUUGAAGGCUCGUGCCAAUGAAAUGGAGAAGUUUGCAGCGAAGGCAAGAACUCUCAGUUCUGACUCCGAGAAGUGCGUAUCCUCGGGUGAAAAUGCUGCAUGCAAUGGUGACACACCUGAAAGCUCUAACGGAGACGCUAACGACCUCGAGCUGGAAGCUACGAGGGCCCAAUUACACGCAGUCGAGGCAGAAAUGGCAGCCUGCAAAGCUGAGAACUUGCGGAUGAUCUUCGAAGUAGCAAAAACAGCCGACAGUGUCGCGAAACUCAAGCAAGAUCAUGAAGAAUUGCUGGUGACGCACUCAAAGACAGCGUCUGAGUUGAAUACGGCUCAAGUGCAGCUCGAAUCACUGGAAUCUGCCAACAAGACGCUCGAAUCGGACUUAAAGCGAGCAUCUGAGACUCUACGGUGCAAUCUCGAGGCUUUCGCGAUGCAAAAGGAGGAUUUCCAGGCCAUCAUUGCCAAUUUGAAUACUGCUGUACUCACGACCGAGCAGGAAAACCACAAGAUUAAGCGCGACUUGGAGGAUAUCAAGACCGAGAACGACGUGUUGGAAGAGCGGAUCAGUGAGUUACACGCAGUUGCAGACAGCAAAACGGAGCCAGACGAGUCGCAAGAGAAAGACCGAGAGGUUGAAGAACUUCGCUCUUCAUUAGUCCAGGCCAAGGUGAACUUUUUGGAGCAAAAGCAGCAGCUCACAGCGCUGGAGAAGAAGCUGGUGGAGGUGUCCAAGUCAAGUGGUCCUGCUUGUACCGUAAAUAACGCAGCGUUAGACGCCGAGCGACGAGAGUUUGAGGCUGCGUUGAUCGAGAUGAUCGAGAUGGAGAAGAAGCUCCAAGUGGCUUAUGAAGCCAAGCAGGGACUGGAGUCUACACUGCAAGAGCGCAUGGAGGCGAAGGCGGAUCUUGAAGGCCGGCUAUCGAUUGCUGAGGACAAGAUCGCAGAGCUGGAGCAACAGCUGGAGCAGAAGGUUGCUCUCAUUGCCACGAUCGAAGAGCAGCUUCGACAAGUCGAAGAAGAACGGGAAAAACUGGCGGACGAGUUUGCCAAGACGAAAUCGAAACUGGAACGCAGCAGAGGCAAGUUGGAGGAGAAGGCCAUCGAGUUUGAGGCGUUUAAAACAACGACAAACAUGCUCAAGGAUGAACGCAGUAGAUUAUUCAACGAGAUUUCGCUGCUGAAGGACAAGAUCGCCAAGUCUGAGGCUCAAAAGGCAGAGAUGGCUGACUCCCAGGAGCUGGCUAAUGAAGAGCUGGAGGAGCAGUUGAACGAACUGGCUGAUAAGAUUGCAGAGAUCGAGGCAGAGAAGCAGGAUCUUCGUGCGAGGCUCGAGGAGACGGUGUAUCGCUCCGAAGAGGAUAUCCAUCAGCUUAGAGAGCGUUUGUACAUGCUUGAAGAAGAGAAAUCGGGGCUGGAUGACGAAAACUUCAAGCUGGAGAGGACGAUUGAGCAUCUCGAGUCCAAGCUGGACUCUCUGGAAGAGCAGAAGACGCAGCUCGAAGCAGCAAACGCGUCGAGCUCGGAACAACUAAAUCUUUUGGAAGAGAAGAUGGACAGAGCGACAAGCGAAAUCGCGACGUUGUCAGCAGAGAAGAACAGCUUAAUGGAUUUGCAGCAGUCACUCGAGCUGAAUGUGUCGCGUUUGGAAGAUGAUAAGGUCAAACUGGAGCAAACGUUGGAGGAAACGACGUCGAAGUUGCGUGACGAACUGGAGCUGGUUACAGAUCAAGUGAAAGCUCUGCAAACACAGCUUGAGCAAAGCGUUGCUGAGAAAGAUGAGCUUACAGCGUCAUUAUCGGAGCUGCGAGAGCAUGCUGAAGCGGACAAGUUGGCGAGCGAGGACGUGGCUGCUAGGUUGGAAUCUCAAGUCACAGAGAACCAAACGCUAGAGAACAAGAUUUCAGUGUUGAAGCAGAUGGCGGAGAAGGCGUUGCAGUCAUUGCAAGCUGGCCGUGACGAGCUGUCUGAGGCUGAAUCUCGCGCUGCUGUUCUGGUGGAAGAGCGUGAUGCUGUCAAGAUAGUAUUGCAGGAAAAACAGGCUGCGUACGAGGAGUUGACCGCUCAACGCGAGAGAUUACAGGAACAAGUCGAAGAGCUUAAGAGUAAACUCCAGCGUACGCAGGAGAAGCAUGCAGAGGAAACUGGCGCAGCGGAGGAGACGAUUCGUGCGUUAAAGGAUGUCGAGACGACGCUGACGGAGUCCCUGGAGUCUGUUAAGAGGGAUCUGGCUGAAGCUGAGUCUUGUGUGAUGGUGUUGGUGGAGGAGCGCGAUGCGGCACGAAAAGAUCUGACGGCGAAGGACCUCAAGAUUGAGGUGAUGACUUCUCAGCAAGGAGAGCUGGAGCUUGCGGCUCAGAAGCUGGAGAGUGAGCUUAACACGCUGCGGAGUAAAAGCUCAGCCGACGCUGAAGCGAGCCAAGAGAUCGUUCGUGAUCUUGAAGAGUCCAAGACUCAAGCAGAGGACACGGUUAACAGCCUGAAGGAGUCGUAUUCUCAAGCUCAAGUUUCUCUACAGACGAUCCAGGAGCAGCUAGCUGAGUCGGAGUUGCGGGUUGCAGCACUCGAGAAGGAACGUGAUGCUACCCGAACGUCUCUGAACGAACAGGAGUCGACACACGAGACGCUGAGUGCGCUUCAAGAGGACCUGCAAAAGAAGGUUGAUGCCUUGGAGACGGAGUUGAAGGAGCUGCGCGAAUCCAGCUCGGCAGAGUUAGCUGCUGCGAAUGAGACCAUCACAAGUCUGAAGAUUGCAGAGGCUGAAGAAUCAGAAACGUUAGCAUCUCUUCGUCAGGAGCUCGCAGAGGCUGAGGGGUGUGUGAUGGUGCUAGUUGAAGAGCGUGAUGCAGCCAAGAAGACUCUGAGCAAGAGAGAGCUGACUCUGGAGGUUCUGAGCUCGGAACAUGGCGAGCUGCAGCUUAAGAGUCAAUCGGUGACCACGGAGUUGGAAGCGCUCCGCAAUAAAAGUGUAGCGGAUGCUCAAGCUGCAGAAGAGACUGUGCAGGCGUUGAAACAGGAAGUGAAGAGCGUGACAGAGGCGUUAGAGUCAGCUCAGAAUGAGUUGUCGUCGUCCGAGACACGAGUGAGUUCCCUGACUGCUGAAUGUGAUGCCGUGACAAAGGCGCUGAGUGAAUUAGAGGCUGCACACGAGACUUUGAGAGAUCAAAAAGAGGAAUUGCGAGAGCGUAUCGAGAGUCUGGAGACUGAGAAAAACGACUUGAUAAGUCAACACUCGAGUGCGUUUGCAGCUGCCGAAGAGACGAUCCGUACACUGCAGACGUCAGAAGCUGAGGUGAAGGAAUGCUUAGAGUCAGUUCGAAAAGAAUUGUCCGAGGCAGAGACUCGUGUGGAGUCUUUGACUGGAGGAUUGAGGGACAAAGAUGGCAUUGUGAACGUUGGAAGGCGAGCUACAGGAGCUGCAAAGCCAGCGUGA